AUGGCAAAAGGUGGGAAGCUAACAAAGCUGAAGUCAGUGCUGAAGAAAUGGAACUCAUUCGGAAACGGCAACAGCAAGCACAGCCGCCACAGCAUCAACGCCGUGGCCGACGACGACUCCUCCUCCGGGUCGGACCUCCGCCCCGUCUACGUCGGAAAGUCACGCCGCCUCUACCGCGUCCCCUCCGACGUGGUGGACCACCCCGCCUUCCGGGAACUCGUGGAGAGGUCCCGCGAAUCCGACGACCAAAACAAACACGACACCAUCAAUGUCGCGUGCGAGGUUGUCCUUUUCGAACACUUGCUCUGGAUGCUCGAAAAUGCUGAUCCACAACCCGAGUCACUCGACGAACUCGUCGACUUCUACGCCUGCUAGCGCACAACUCACAACAUCACCACUAUGCAUUCAAAAAAAAAAAAACAUAUAUUAUUUCUAUUUAUACCUUAUACUUUCCUAUUAGUGACUGUAUUUUAUUUAGUAGUAAUAAUAACUAACAUUAAUAAGGGAAGCGAGAGAGAG